AUGGCGGCACUGACGGCGCGUCGUGGACCAGUAGCGUCAACAUCGACGAAAUCAUCUGCUCCACUUCACGUCGAAAAUCACUUUCAGCCUCAUUAUCCUUACCGUCUCAACUUCUACGAUACGCCUCCGCAGUUUGAUGUGACUCUUGAACAGUUUGAGUCUUGGGGAUUGGACAGACUUCGCAUUCUCGCCGAGAUUGAAUCCUCGUUUGUGCGCAAUCGCGCCUUUGAGGAGCUCAAAGGGAUUGUCAAUACGCAGCAGAAGAAAUACCUCACCCUAAACAGUAACACAGCAAUCAACGCGGACAAAGACGCGGAGAGAAAGAAGGACCAUGUCAGCCACUUUGUGCUCAGACUUGCGUUCUGUCGAUCAGAGGAUCUAAGAAGACGAUUCAUCAAAGCAGAGAUGGCACUAUUCAAGGUUAGGUGGGAGACGGAUGAUCCCAAGGAGAGGGAAGAAUUUCUCAAGGCUCGUGCUUUCGGCUGGGGCGACGUUUCUGAUGCAGAAAAGGCAGAGCUUGAGCCUCAUCUCAAGGCCUGCCUCAAUCCAAAGCAGUUGCAAUACUUUCCACAAGAAAAAUACUACAAGGUUCCAUGGAGUCGUGUUCCAGAUCUAGUACAUGGUCGGAGAGUCUAUCUCAGAGCAGGAGCCGCGUAUGUGCCAAGUCGGGAGCAGUCAAGCAUCGUCUUCCAGCAAUUCCAAGCAGAUUUGGAAGAGGCAAUGGAGGCAAGUGCUUUAAUGACAGCAAGAGCGCUUCCCAGGAUGGAUGAGGACCGCUUGACACCGAUUCUUGAUCACUUAUCCAAGGGCUUCCUUGCUGGCGUGGCGUCUGAAUACUCUGCUCCAGAAAGUGGUGAAAGUGUUACUGCGGAUAUGAUUGAUGGACUCGCCAAGAAACACUUUCCGCUCUGUAUGCGAGCGCUACACGAGCAUUUGCGAAAGGAGAGCCACUUACGCCACCAAGGUCGCCUUCAAUACGGACUCUUUCUCAAGAUUGUUGGUCUUUCCAUUGAAGAGGCUCUUGCCUUUUGGCGGAAAGCAUUCUCAGGAAAGAUGUCAGACGAAAAGUUCACCAAGGAACACCUGUAUAAUAUCAAGCAUAACUACGGUCUGGUUGGAAAGAUGGCAAACUAUCCCGCGAGAAGUUGUCAGACGAUUCUCACAACAUACCCACCGGGGGCAAACGAGUUUCACGGAUGCCCAUACAGACACUAUUCAGAGGACAAUCUCAAGACUGCCCUGCAGAGCAUGAUGGGUAUCUCCAGUCACGACAUGCAAGACGUUCUCUCUUCUGUGCGGACACAACACUAUCACGUCGCCUGCACUCGUGUCUACGAACUGACUCAUGGGAUCCGAAAGGGGGAAGGACUCGGCGGCGGCGAAACGGUCAACCAUCCAAACGAGUAUUGCCAGCGAUCGCGUGAGCUCGAAAAGUCGAAGAAUGCAGCCGCUGCAGACGAUGCGAUGAAGAUUGACUAG